CACGGACGCGACUGCUGGGGCCGCAGCGCUGUCGGGGUGAGCGCCGUGAGCGACGCCGUCCUGUUCUGAGGUCCCCAAGCGAUAAACAGUGAUGUCACCUAGCGAUGGACUCUGACGUCAGCUAGCGAUGGAUUGUGAUGAGGCGUCCCUCACUGCUUAUAUUCAGGCGCCGACUCUCACCCAGCCGGCUCGUGCCCGCACUCCGGCUGAGCGAGUUCGUGAGGUUUGGAGUGUCGAGCGAGGCCUUUGGUGCUGGUGUCGCGCUUGGGGAGUUGUUCGCUGCAGCUCUCUGUGGCCGAUCCCAGAGCCCUCGAAGGACCUUCCCUGGCCCUGCCAGCUUCAGGCAGCCGGGGCACCCAGGAGGCGCGCUCACAGCAGCAGAGCACGACAUCCACUGCUGCAGCGCCAGAGAGAGGGAGCAGCUCGACAGGCCCGGCUCCCCCAGCCCACCGCAGCACGUGGAGAGCCUGGUCACAGAGCUGGAGGAGCGCUGCCCCAUCUGCCUGGGCAGCUGCGAGGAGCCCGGCUUUGUCAUGCCGUGCUUCCACCGGUUCUGCUACCCCUGCAUCCUGCAGUGGGCUGAGAUCAAGCCCGAGUGCCCCCUCUGCAAGAGGACAGUGACCUCCAUCUUGCACUCGGUGCAGGAGGAUGAUGAUUACAUGGAGCAUGUCCUCACACCACCCAUGACACCAUCAGUCGCCGUCCGCCAGGCAGGAAGAGUUCCCAGACCACCAGCCGCCCACAACCUCCAUCACCCUGGAGCACCCCAACGGUGGGCUGCAGGAGGGGUGCCCAGGCGUCCUGUGGGUGGCCUCCAGUCCCCAAACUGGAUGAACUCUUUCCAGAACCAGCCAACGCUCCUCCACAUCCUGCAGCGCUGGGUCCAUCAGGAGCAAGAGGAGAUCUUUGGCAUCCUCAGCAACCACGGCAUGGAUACAGAGGGGCCGGGCCACAUGCAGGGGGUCUCCCUGCAAAACCGCAGGGCAACACGUGUGCAACAGCCUGCACGUGUCGCUGGGCAAGGGCGCAGCAGAGACACCCACCCUCUGCGGGGCUGGCAGGACGCCCGUGCUGCCGGGGAGCGGGAGGGCAGCCCCACGGUUGCCCCUGGCCCUGCUGCCUCCCAAGGAGGGUCUCUCACUCCCAGCCCAGCCCCCACCAGCAGCCCUGCAAGAACCAGCACAGACGAGCUCCCCGGCACCUCACCCGUUGCCACUGGUGAGGACCCCAGCAGCCACCCCUCUGCUCCUGUUGCCAUCCCUGUGGAGCAAGAAGAGCCCCAGGAGGAGCCAGGGGAGGCUGUGCCUGGGCCCUCCACCUCCAGCCGGGGCACUGAACGCUCCCGUGGGGGGACACGGCGACCCCCAAAGAGGAAGACCGGCAGCUCCGAGGCCUCUCCUGCCAAGAAGAGGCCAGCACCACAUCAGUGACCCUGGAGGCUGCCCUGUGGGAUGGCCCAACCAGGACUGGGCCAUCAGGUGGUCCCGGGGCAGAUG